GUCCGCUGUGACAAACGUCGCGUGGUAAAAAAAAGUAAAUUCUAGAUUUUACAUAUAUAUUAGCGGAUUUUGCGAUAAGUUGUAUGGUGUGAAAUUAACUAUAUCCGUCUGAAAAAAUGGCGCGAUAUGGACAAAGACCAGAAAAUGCUCUAAAAAGAGCAAAUGAAUUCAUUGAAGUAGGAAAGCCAGCUCGAGCAUUAGAUACCUUGCAAGAAGUCUUCCGCAACAAAAAAUGGACAUACAAUUGGUCAGAAUCGGUAUUAGAACCUAUAAUGUUCAAAUACCUAGAUUUAUGUGUAGAAUUAAAAAAAUCACAUAUAGCAAAGGAGGGCCUAUUUCAAUAUCGAAAUAUGUUCCAAUCAGUGAAUGUUGGAAGUUUAGAAAAUGUUAUACGUGGAUAUUUACGUAUGGCAGAAGAGAAAACAAAUCAAGCACGAAAGCAGAGUCAACAAGCUGUUAUAGAUAUAGAUGAUCUUGACAAUUUAGCCACUCCAGAAAGUAUUUUAUUAUCGGCGGUUAGUGGUGAAGAUGCUCAAGACCGAAGCGACCGCACUAUCCUCACACCAUGGGUGAAAUUUCUAUGGGAAUCUUAUUGCCAGUGUUUAGAAUUAUUAAGAACCAAUGCUCAUGUUGAAACAUUAUAUCAUGAUAUUGCACGCAUGGCCUUCCAAUUUUGUCUUGAAUAUAAUCGUAAGACUGAAUUUCGUAAAUUAUGCGAAAAAUUACGAAAACACUUAGAAGAAAUUUGUAAAUUACCAGCGCUUGUUUCUAAUGUUUCCAUGAAUAGAGCUGAGACACAACAACUGAACUUAGAAACGCGAUUGAACCAACUUGAUUCUGCAAUACAAAUGGAGUUAUGGCAAGAAGCAUUCAAGUCCUCUGAAGAUGUACAUGGUAUGAUGAAUUUAUCUAAGAAACUUCCAGUACCAAAAACCAUGGCCAAUUACUACCAAAAAUUGGCUAUGGUUUUCUGGAAAGCAGGAAACUAUCUUUUCCAUGCUGCCGCAUUAUUUAAAUUGCUGCAGCUUUCCCGUGAAAUGAAAAAGAAUAUGUCUUUGGAGGAACAACAAAGAAUGGCCAAUCGUGUCUUAUUGGCUACCUUGUCUAUCCCACUGCCAUCAGCUCAUCCUGAAUUUGAUCGUUUUAUCGAAACAGACAAGAGUCCAUUAGAAAAAGCUCAAAAACUCGCAACGCUUUUAGGACUUACACAACCACCAACAAGAGUUUCCUUACUUAAAGAUAUCGUUCGUUUAAAUAUAGUCAAUUUAGCAUCACCGCAAUUACAAGAAUUAUAUUCGUGGCUUGAGGUUGAGUUUCAUCCUUUAGAGCUAUGUAGCCGAGUAGAUUCCGUUAUUCAGACGCUACAAGCAGAUGAAAGCAGUCCUUUGAUUCAAUAUAUCCCAGCCUUGCAAGAUGUAACUCUUGUACGUUUAGUUCAUCAGAUAUCACAAGUUUAUCAAACAAUAAAAUUUGCUAGGCUUUUGGAACUAGCUAAAUUUACGACAGAUUUCCAUUUGGAACGUCUACUUGUAGAUUGCGUUAGAUACAAUGAUAUGCAAAUAAGAAUUAGUCACGGGAAAAAAUGUGUGCAUUUCGGAGUCGAUUUGUCGGAAGCGCAGAGGGAAGAUCAUCCUGAUGGUCCCGUGUUACAAGCAAUGCCUUCUGAACAAAUUCGUUGUCAACUUGUAAAUAUGGCUACUGUAUUACAUCGUGCAAUUAAUAUUAUUAAUCCAAAUAAAAAAAAGAUGGAGCGUGAAAAAUUACGUGCCGCCAUGGUAAGCCAUUAUCAUGAAACCAAAAUGAAGGAACAUCAAAGAAUAUUAGGAAGGCAUAAAAUUAUAGAGGAAAGAAAGGAAUACAUAGAACAUAUAAAUACAGUUCGUGAAGAAGAAGAGAUGCGAAGACAAGAAGAAUUACAAAGACAGCAAAUGUUAGCAGAACAAAAAAGACUUGAACAAGAGAGAGAAGAACGCGAGAGAAAACGACAACAAAGCGAGAUCCAACAGAUUAAGGAUCGUCAUUUGAAAGAGAAGAUGCAACAAAUAUCUCAAACUAGUCAUGGACAGAAAGUUUUAAAGAAAUUGGAUGAGGAUGAAAUCAAGAAAUUAGAUGCAGAACAAAUCGCAGCUCGAGAAGCUGAGGAAUUGCAGAAAGAACGUAGGGAAAUGCAACAAAAAUUAAAAUCUCAGGAAAAGAAAAUUGAUUACUUGGAACGUGCCAAGCGUUUAGAGGAAAUUCCACUUUUAGAAAAAGCAGUUGAAGAAAAAAUGGAAUUAGCUAAGCAACGUUGGGAGCAGCAAGAAGCUGAAAGAAUUGCUGCGGCUAUCGAGGAAAGACAGCAGGCUGUCGCGACUCGUGAACGUAUGGCAAGAAUGAAAGAAGAUCAUGAUAUUUUCCUGGCGAAGAUUUUGGCCGAGCGUAAGAGUAUUUAUUUAGAAAAACUAAAAGAAUUCGAAAAAGUGCUGAAUGAAGAACGAGUUAGCAGAUUGUUAAAACGUAAGAUGGAACGUAAAGCUGAACGCAAAGCCAAAUGGGAGAAGGAACGAGCUGAAGCUAUUGAAAGAAGACGUCUAGAAGAAUUACGAAUCAAACAAGAAGAAGAAAAACGACGUUUGGAAGAAGAAAGAGCUAAGAGAGAAGAGGAAGAAAGAUUAAGGCGUGCAGAAGAAGAAGCAAGGGAAGCUGAACGUUUAGCCAAAAUUGAAAAACAAGCAGAGAUUACUAGAGCUAGAGAAGCCGAAAUAGAACGAAAAUUAGAAGAGGAGAGACAGAGAGAUAAGGAAAUAUCUGAUAGGUGGAGACGUGGAGAUCGUCAUCGUAUGCAAGAAAAACCAGUCGAAAUGUCAUGGCGUCGUCCUGUUGAUGCAAAAGAUGACGGUAUUAAAGAAGAAUCGACUCGUUGGAAAAGACGAGACGCAAGAGAUAUGGACAAUAAAUGGCGUAAGGAUGAUGAUAAACCGAAAAAAGAUACCAACGAAAGAUGGAGAAAAGAUGAUUAUGAUAAAGAUGAUACAAGGGAUAAUAGAGAUCGAAUAGAUAAAGAUCGUGGAAUGGAUGGACGUUCAAUGCGUGAUAUUUCACGUGAUCCAAUAUCUGAUGGACCUCGUAAUCGUGGUAGAAUGCCUGAUCGCCGUGGUGGUGGUGGUGGUGGUAGUGGCGGUGGCGGUGGUAGUGGCGGCGGUAGUGGUGGUGGCAGUGGUGGUGGUAGUCAUCGUCGUGAAGAAACGAUGCGUAAUAUUAGCAGUCAAAAUUGGCGCGAUAAAAGCGAUGCAAUACAAAAUUCACCUCGAGACUUACCAAGACGUGAUGAAAAACGAGAUGAUUCUAAAGAUGACAGACUUCCACCAAAACAUGACGAAAGAAAACGACCACCAGAAGAUGAUGGACCAGGUUGGUCACAGGUGAGCCGACGUUAACACGGGGUCAGCAACAAUCUAUAGAAACAACGUUAUUAUUCUUCAAGAACAGUGCAUAAUAUGCAGUUAGACUUUUGCCUAAAAGUACUUGAUGGGCCCAACUCUACUGUUUUGUGCACCAUUUCAUUUCUCUCCGAAUAUACUUGUAAUAAGAGUAUCGGGAAAAAGCACAAAAAUGUAUGGGUCAUAGCCAAUUCAUACAUUCGUCAUAAGUUAAAAAAAAAGAAAUGCAAUGUUAAUAGCCAAUGAUAAGAUUAAGUUUUUAUGAUUUUUCUAAUAUGACAAGAAUUCGACUAAAUCGACUACACUGCAUUAUGUUUAUUAGAUUUGUAAAAAAAAGAAAGUGAAAAAACUCAGAAAGCUUGAAUACAGUAUAUAUAUAUAUAUAUGAAAUAUGAAUUAAUGUACAGAGAAGAAGGGAUUGGAGAAUAGUAUGAAUAUUGACGAUAUUGAAUUGGCUAGACUAACUUAAUGACAGAGGUUAAAAGUCUCAAAACGUUAAUAAAGUUCUCUUGUAUUCUAAUUAUUACGUUAAUUUUUUAUAAAACCGGAAUACAAUCGCCGUAAUAUCUUCUCUCUGAAAAAAGAAAGUAAAAUAAAUAAUUGUGUGACUUAGAAAGAUCUACAAUAAUCUUCCGCACACAUCCGAGGCAACGAUUUUUAGCUUGUAUGAUAAUGCAACAAAGUUUUGAGACAAAUGUAAAAGCAAACCUUUUUAUUAUGGUAUAAAUGCAGAUCUACGCAUCUUAUCUGUAUUGUCUUUUUAAUUGUUUUAUUACAUUUAUGAUAUAGUUAAUUAAGAUACUACGUAAUAAAUAAAUCACUACAGAGUAUCAAACUCCGUUUCUAUUUACAA